CCAGCAGCAGCUAACUCUGUGCUCUGCUGGACAGAGAGGAGCUGCAGCAGCUGCACGCGGAGACGGCAGGUCAGGACAGAGGAAGAAGAGAAGAUCAGAAGAGUAAAACACAAACUGUUUACAGUCAGCCAUCAGCUGCACGCAGCAGUGGUUCCUGAAGGGGKUCAGCUGCUGAUUAAAGAAGAAGCUCCUGAAGAACAGAAGACUGAUGUGGACCAGCAGGACCAAGAACAUCUCCAUAUAAAAGAGGAAGAGGAGGAACUGUGGACCAGUCUGGGAGCAGAGCAGCUCAAUGUGAAGGAGGAGACUGAUGCCACCAACUUUACAUUCACUGCAGUUCCUUUAAAGCAUGAGGAUGAUGAAGAUAAACCUCUGUUCUUACACCUUCAUCAACACCAAGCUGAAGUCAGAGAUCUUCCAACCAGCAGCUCAGCUCAGGAUUCUGACUCCUCAGAAACUGAAGUCAGUGAGGAUGAAGAGGAUGAUGAUGUGAAUAAUCCUGACUCUCASCUUAAACACAUAGCAGACUCUAAGUCAAAAACUGAAGGCGCUGAUAAAGACUGUGAGACUUCUCCCAGCAGGGUUCCURAAUCAGGUGUUAAAAAMAACAAAAAUAAACGGAAGCUGUUGUGCUGUGAGCUGUGUGGUCGAAGGUAUACUAAAGGUACUUUGAACAGACACAUGAGAAUCCACACAGGACAGAAGCCAUUUUGUUGUGAGGUGUGCGAUAAAAGGUUUACUGAAAAGGGCAGUUUAAAAAAACACAUGAGAAUCCACACAGGAGAGAAGCCAUUUUGUUGUGAGCUGUGUGGUAGAAGGUUUACUGAAAAGGGCAGUUUAAACAAACACAUGAGAAUCCACACAGGAGAGAAGCCAUUUUGUUGUGAGUUGUAUGGUGGAAAGUUUACUGAAAAGGGUAGUUUAAACAAGCACAUGAGAAGCCACACAGGAGAGAAGCCAUUUUGUUGUGAGUUGUGUGGUGGAAGGUUUACCAGAAAGAGUCAUUUAAACGCACACAUGAGAAUCCACACAGGACAAAAACCAUUUUGUUGUGAGCUGUGUGAUCGAAGGUUUACUGAAAAGGYGCUCGAACAGGGCAAAGAGGUUCAGCAGCACUGCAUGCCUCGAAGCGAGCAAGGGUGGCUCGUAGACGAGGCCACCUUAGGGAGGAAUGCUGCAUUAGGCCAGAGGGUAACGCCCGAGCCAGCGGGGUUCCAUCGGCAACAAGACUCGUGA